AUGGGCGACUUCAAGCUGUCCGCCCAGCUGCAGGGCCACGAGGACGACGUCCGCAGCGUCGCCUUUCCGGAUCCGAGCUUCGUGCUGUCCGCCUCCAGAGAUGCCACCGUGAGGGUCUGGAGGCGCGUCUCCCCCUCUCCGCCUACGUACGAUUGCACCCUUGCCUCACACGGCACGGCUUUCGUCAACACCGUUGCCUACGUCCCCCCUUCGUCCAGCUACCCGGAUGGCCUGAUAGUAGCUGGAGGCAAGGAUACCAUCAUUGAGGUUCGCCAGCCCUCCCGCGCGCCGCAAGACAACGCCGAAGCUCUCCUGCUGGGCCACCAGAGCAACGUGUGCGCGUUGGACGUGGCUGAGGAUGGUCGCACAGUCGUAAGCGGCAGCUGGGACACCGAGGCGCGCAUAUGGCAGAUUGGCAACUGGGAGGCCUCAACAGUGCUACGCGGCCACACGGGCAGCGUCUGGGCCGUCUUAGCCUACGAUCGCAAGCUCGUCAUCACCGGUUGCGCCGAUAAGCAGAUCCGAUUCUUCACGACCGAGGGCAAACUCCUCCGAUCGAUACAGGGCGGCCCUGACGUAGUUCGAGCUUUAUGCAGGCUGCCUGAAGGUCAUCCCUCCGGCGCCCAGUUCGCCUCCGCCGGAAACGACGGAGUCAUCCGGUUAUGGACCAUCGAGGGACAGCAGGUUGCUGAGCUGUUCGGUCACGAGAACUUCAUUUACGCCAUUGCGACACUACCGACCGGUGAGAUUGUCAGCUCUUCCGAGGACCGCACCGUGAGGAUAUGGAAGGGCACCGAAUGCGUGCAGACCAUCACACACCCUGCAAUCUCGGUGUGGUCGGUGGCGGUAUGUCAGCAGAGCGGAGACAUUGCUACCGGUGCCAGCGACCGCGUCGUCCGUGUUUUCAGUCGCGCCCAGGAACGUCAGGCCGAGGCCAGUACUAUCAAGGAAUUUGAAGAGGCAGUCAAGGGCUCUGCUAUCCCACAGCAACAAGUCGGGAACAUCAACAAGGAGCAGCUUCCAGGCCCCGAGUUCUUGACAUCCAAGUCGGGCACGAAGGAGGGCCAGGUCCAGAUGAUACGAGAGGCCAAUGGAAACGUUUCGGCAUACACGUGGUCCUCGGCAGCUUCUCAAUGGGUCAACGUUGGCACGGUCGUUGAUGCUGUUGGAAGUAGCGGAAAGAAGAUCACCUUCAAUGGGAAAGAUUACGAUUAUGUUUUCGAUGUCGAUAUCGAGGACGGCAAGCCUCCGCUGAAGCUUCCGUACAACCUAUCCGACAAUCCGUACGAGACGGCGCGGAAGUUCAUUGAGGAUAACAAGCUUCCUAUUACUUACCUGGAUCAGGUUACAAACUUUAUCGUCACAAACACCCAGGGUGCCACUUUGGGACAGUCUUCAGGUGCCACUCAACCACCAGGCUCCGAUCCAUGGGGAACCGAGUCCAGGUAUCGCCCAGGCGAAGUAGGCUCGGCCGCGCCCAGCAGUGCUCCAGCCGCCUCUAAGCCAAAGGUUCUGCCGCAGACCCAAUACCUCAAGAUUGAUUCAGGCAAUCUAGCUAUCAUCGAGAAGAAGAUCAAGGAGCUGAACCAACAACUUCUUGACCAGGGCUCUAAGGAUCUCUCGCUUAAUUCGAGCGACCUGACUACCCUCUCCUCUAUCUGCAGGCAGCUACAACAGGCAUCAACCGCGAAGACCGCAUCCACAGCGGGAAUUGAUGUUGUUGUGAAGAUCGCAACGACAUGGCCGUCAGACAAACGGCUCCCUGGUCUUGAUCUCCUGCGUCUUCUUGCAGCAGCAUCGCCAACUACUGCUACGCAUACGAGUUCCGGAGAUUCGACAAUCGUCCACUUACUUCGGGACGCUGGCGUAUUCGCUCCCGAUUCACCAACCAACAAUGUAAUGCUUGGCGUCCGUGUCUUUGCGAACAUGUUCCAGACUGAGGAGGGCCGGACCAUUAUGGAUGGCACGUUCGAGGUGCUUCAUCCUCUCAUUCAACCAUUCAUCCGCUCGCACCUCAGCAGCCGUAACUUGAUCGUGGCCAUAACGACCUUAUAUAUCAACUUUGCGGUUCUUCUGACAUCACCCAGCCACAACGCUGACCGCGCCCUCACGCUCCUCGACGAUUUGACCAACAUCAUCAAUUCCGUGGAGGAGCCUGAGGCUCUGUACCGUGCGCUUGUCGGUGCUGGAACACUACUUUCUCUCGGAGAGGACUUCCGCGCAGCAGCUCAGGAAGUCUUUGACUUUGAGAAGGCGCUGGCACGUGCGGAGAAGAUCAGUCAGGAGGAGAGAGUGAAGGCCGUAGUCACUGAGAUGCGGGAUGAGCUCGCUUCCGUGUCUUCUACUGCCGCAUGA